AUGACGGAGAUCACACCAGACUUCAGUGUCUGUCUACAGAAGCAAGGCGCAACCCCAGUGUUGAAGAGGGAAUACAACUUGGAGGCAAUCAACUCGUUCUUGCAAGAGGCCUAUCGCAUCGUACGUCUUGUAUGUUGUACGGCAGGCCGCGUCGGAUCGCUGACCAUGGGUAAAGAAUGCACGAAUAGCAGAUCUGAACCGCUAUCUACGCUCGAUUAGACCCGUGUACCUCUCGGCGGAACAACCCUCACGAAGACGACAGGGUGCACACAGCAACGAUCGCGCCAGACCCCUCACAGACAACGAACGAGACAAAAUUGAUGCGGAAUCAAAGCAACUCUUACGGCAGCUCAAUGCCACGAUCGAGAAUCUAAAGCAGGCGGAGCAGGUGCGAAAUCAAACAGCAGACUCUGUGGCUUUGUCGAAGCGAGCCAAAGGCGGGCUGGGUGCAAUAGGGAGAUGGGCAGCCGGGGGCGCGGUCACGGCCAAGUCGCCUGAGGAAGAGCAAGAAGAAGCUGCGAGAAAAACCAUUGCUGCUGUGCGGGAGAGCAUGAUUCUAUUCCUCUCCGAGAGGCUGGAGGAAGCUGGGCGAGUCCAGAGUGAGAUGAUGGAUGUCCGUUUGCGAAGAGAAGUCGAGAAGUCGAAGUCGAUACUGGCAAAGUCACCAGUAGCUGGCGGAGUACCACAAGCUUGGGCAGAAGAUGAGAGCAGCACAUCGUGGCCGGCGAGUUCCAAGAAGCUGAACAGAUACUCAGGAGGGUGGGACAGCAAUGACAUGGAAGACCAAGACCAGCCACAACUAUCAGAGGAGCAACUGCAGCAGUUUGCCGAGGAGAAUCACGAGCUUCUGAAACACUACGAGGACCAGCUGGAUCAAGUGCGGACUGCUGAACGAAGUAUCUUGGAGAUCAGCGAGCUACACAGCACGCUACACGCCAAUUUGACGCAGCAAGCCGAGCACAUCGAGCAACUUGUCCAAGACUCCUACCUCACCACCGAGAACGUUGGAAAGGGCAACAAGGAACUGAAACGUGCAAGCGAAAGACAAAGUACCGCCCAGUUGGUGUUCUAUUCUACUGCUGCAUUCUGCUCCUUCCUUGUGAUAUGGGAUCUCGUAUUCUGA